CACACACUACAGAGAGGAGUGGUAGGAGAUCAUUUGAAGACGGCUUAAUCCUACCUAUUAAUCCUAUCUAUUAGUAGCAUCCUGUGAAACCAACCAUACAGACUGUGUUCAGAGUUACCCUUAAGUAUUGAGAGCUCUUUAUCAUUUUUUGUUGUCUUCUUUUGGGAUCAUUAGAUAGAAAUGGCUGCACCUACACCUCCAAGUUUUGACUUGGAAAAAAUUAGAAAUGCAUCUGAUGGAUCAGUGCUGGGCAUGGCAAAGACUGCCUUCACCGAAGUGGUUGCCAACAACCCUUAUUUUGCCGCCGGUGGUGGUCUUAUGGUGUUGGGGACUGCAUUGGCGCUCGCUCGUACUGGGGUUGUUCGGUCUUCGUCUUUCCUCUACCGUCAAAUGCUUGUAGAUCUCGAGAUCCCUUCCAAGGAUAAGUCAUACUUGUGGUUUCUUGAAUGGAUGUCCCAGUACAAGAACAGAUCAUCACGUCAUCUUUCCGUGGAAACCAACUUCAUUCAACAUGACAACGGGAGUAUUUCCACAAAAUUUCUGCUUGUUCCUGGUCCUGGAUCUCAUUUGCUUCGUUACAAGGGGGCCUUCAUGCUUGUUAAACGUGAAAGAUCAGGUAAAAUGCUUGAUAUGACCAGUGGGACCCCCUUUGAAACCGUCACCUUGACCACUUUAUACCGGGAUCGUCAUUUAUUCUCACAAUUACUCGUGGAAGCCAAAUCACUUGCCUUAAAAGCUCAACAAGGGAAAACCGUCUUGUAUACUUCCUUUGGUCCUGAAUGGAGACCAUUUGGUCAACCAAGAAGAAAAAGAAUGCUUGGUUCAGUCAUCCUUGACGAUGGUAUUGCUGAACGUAUCGUGACUGAUGUGAAGGAUUUCCUUCGUUCUGGUGAUUGGUACCACAACAGAGGCAUUCCUUACCGUCGUGGAUAUCUUUUGUAUGGACCACCAGGGUCUGGUAAGACUUCAUUCAUUCAGGCGUUGGCUGGGGAGUUGGACUAUAACAUUUGUAUUCUUAAUCUUUCCGAAAACAAUCUUACUGAUGAUAGACUUAAUCAUCUUAUGAAUAACAUCCCAACCCGAUCCAUUCUUCUUUUGGAAGAUAUAGACGCUGCGUUCAACAAGAGACGUCAACAGACAGAAGACCAGGGGUAUACUUCAGGAGUGACAUUCCUGGGACUUUUGAAUGCCUUGGACGGGGUUGCCAGUGCUGAAGAAUGUCUUACAUUUAUGACCACCAAUCACCCAGAACGUCUUGAUCCUGCAUUGCUUCGUCCUGGGAGAAUAGACUACAAGCAACUCAUCUCCAAUGCCUCAGAAUCACAGAUUGAACGGAUGUUCCUCCGUUUCUAUGAAAAUGAACAUGAAUUGUGUAAGCAAUUCCUUACCGAGCUCCGUAAUCAAGUAGACAUUAAUUCGGUCAGUACUGCUCAAUUACAAGGACUUUUUGUAUAUAACAAGAGAGACCCCAUGAACGCAAUCAAGACGAUUUCCACGUUGAAGGGUCCUUCCAAAAAUAUUGUAUAAAGAAUUAUAUAUGUAAAUAGAU